UUUUGAAAAUAUACACUUAUUUUAAAUCUGAUGACUGCAACACACUCCAAAAGAAGUUGGGACAGUCGACUGUUUACCACUGUGUAACAUCACCUUUCUUUUAAUAACACUUAUUAAAUGUUUGGAUGCUGAAGACACCUGUUGGUUACGUUUAGCAAGCGGAAUUUUCCCCCAUUCAUCCAUUAUGCAUUUCUUCAGCUGCACAACUGUACGGGGCCUUCGUUGCCUUAUUUUGUGCUUCAUAAUGCGCCACACAUUCUCAAUGGGAGACAGGUCAGGACUGCAGGCAGGCCAUGCUAGCACCCAUACUCUCUGCUUAUGCGACCAUGCGCUUGUAAUCCGGGCAGAAUGUGGUUUGGCUUUGUCCUGUUCUGGAUGGCAGCAUAUGUUACUUCAAAAGGUGUACAUAUCUUUCUGCAUUAAUGGUGCUCUCACAGAUGUGCAAGUUACCCAUGCCACGGGCAAAAAGACACCCCCAUACCAUGACAGAUGCUGGCUUUUGGACAUGAUGCUGAUAACAGCUUGGAUGGUCCUUUUCCUCUUUGGCCCGGAGAACACGACGGCUGUUUUGUCCAAAAACUAUUUGAAAUGUUGACUCAUCGGACCACAAAACACAAAACUGUCCAUCUCAGAUGAGACCAAGCCCAGAGAAGUCAGCGGUGCUUCUGGACAGUGUUGAUGUAUGGCUUCUGCUUUGCAUAGUAAAGCCUUAACUUGAUUCUGUGGAUGCAGUGGCAAAUUGUGUUGACUGUCAAAGGUUUAACAAACUAUUCCCGAGCCCAUGUCAGGAUAUCCAUUACAGAAUUGUUUUUAAGACAGUGACGUCUGAGGGAUCGGAGAUCACGCACAUUCAGAAGUGAUUUUCGGUUAGAAUCACUCAUCCCUAUUGUGAUUGGUGACAUCAUCCAGCUAGCUAACCUUAACUCAGAGCCUCAGAUAAGAUGCAGACCCAGAGAAUUAUAGAAUAACCUCAGUCCAUAUUUCACAGCCAACAUAAACACAUGACACUAGUAAUGUAACGCCAACACUGAGGAAGCAGUACAUGAUAUUCACUUUUGAAGCUGUAGCAACAGGUAAAGUUAAUUAUCAUUUGCUGAGUUAUGGUUUUCCAGUGAAUACAUUUUCGAGAGCUCCUUGCUUAAAUAUCACAAACUUGGCCAGUCAUUUUCAGCAACAGUAAUGCUAAAUAGUGAUGAACGCUAAUUUACCUGUGGUCAUUUGGUUUCCUUGCCUCAGGACUCCGACUCUGAGGUCACAGUCAAAAGGUAAAAGCGAGUUCAGGUUUGAAUGAUGACGUCAGCAGCGUGAUCUGCAACAUAAUUGGACAAUAAUUUAUCACAUGCUGUGUUGGUCACGCGUGUGAAUUGUUUUUUUUUUUUUAAAUACAUUUACUGGAUAAUUUAACACAACGUGUUGAAAUAGUAAUAACACAAAAAGUGUGGGAUAUUAACGCAUCCUUUCUGAGCAUUUACUUAGCAUUUUUCUAUCAGAGAGGGCAACGAUCUAAAAUUUAACAUCUUGUAGAUUUAACUUUCAAAUUGUUAUUAUUUUUUGUCAAAUAUAUAGUUGCUUUGGAAAACACAGUUGCUAAUUAGUGCAAAAAUGGUAUAAAGGCAUUUUAAACACUUUUUUAAAGUGCUAUUGAGCAUGGAAAACAUUUCUAUUUAAUGAACUUGUUUCUGUAUCAAUCCCUAACCAGAUACAUUUGAGAUGGACAGUCCUCUUUUUACUCAUGUGCUGAACACUGAGGAUGGGGUUCCUGCAGCACGCAUGGCCCUCAGUCUGCAUCGUCUAGACCCUCAGAUGGCCCUCUGGAACCUUAUCACUCCUGGAACAACGGAUGAGAAUGGCCACUGUCCAGGGCUAAUCACCAGACAAGAUUUCCCUGUAGGGAUGUACAAAUUACGUUUUGAAACUGGACAGUAUUGGGAAAGUUUGGGCCAGACCAGCUUUUACCCUUAUGUAGAGAUUGUCUUCACAAUAACAGACCUGGACCAGAGGUUUCAUGUGCCUGUACAUCUCAGCAGAUACACAUACAGUGUCUGUAUGUGGUGUAGCUGUAGGCAGUAGUAGGUACCUGAUUCAACUCACUAAAUAACUGCAAAGAUCUUCAUGGAAUAAAUAUAUCUUUUAUACACAUAUACACUUAUAUUAAAUGUAAAAAACAAAACCUUAAGAACACUGGUUUUAGUCGAGUCCUAAAUUGACAUAGCCUUUUCGAGAUGUGUAUAUCCC